AUGGCUACCGAACUGACCGUCCAGAGCGAGCGCGCUUUCCAGAAGCAGCCGCACAUCUUCCUCAACAGCAAGACCAAGGUCAAGUCUUCCCGGCCGGGCAAGGGCGGUCGGAGAUGGUACAAGGACGUUGGUCUGGGUUUCCGUACCCCUACCACUGCCAUUGAGGGCCAGUACAUCGACAAGAAGUGCCCCUUCACCGGCAUGGUUUCCAUCCGCGGCCGUAUCCUGACCGGCACCGUUGUCUCUACCAAGAUGCACCGUACCAUCAUCAUCCGCCGCGAAUACCUCCACUACAUCCCCAAGUACAACCGGUACGAGAAGCGCCACAAGAACCUCGCCGCGCACGUGUCGCCGGGCUUUCCGUGUUGA